CUAUUGUCUCGCUCUCGCCUCUCCUUAAACCCUGCCACGCUCACUCUCCCGGACAGACAGUCCAAACCCUUCUUCUCUUGCUCCCCAAGAAAAUGAAAAUCUAAAACCCUCUUCAACCCCUUCUUAACAAUUCGCCGACCUCUCAACAAAAAUCUCCCCCUCAUAAAAAAUCUCUAUCUUCAGUAAAAGUUCCUUUCCAUAAUCGUCGAAUGUCAAAGCUAUCGAAACUAACUCCAUCAAACCCGAAGGUUUGGGUGGUGAUCGGCGUCGGGCUCGCCGGAGUUUUGAUCCUCGCCGAGGUACAGCGGCGUCGGAUCAGAGCCAGGAGCUCCGUGAAAGAAGAUUUCGGAGCUUUCAUUGACCGUUUUGAGCUCGCACCAUUUCCUCAGCCGCCGCCACCGGCGGCUCGCCUCCCACUGGCCGGCCUCACCUUCGCCAUCAACGAUAACAUUGAUGUUAAAGGCUAUGUGACUGGUCAUGGAAGUACAGAUUGGAAGAGGACACAUGAGGGGGCUGAAAAAACGGCUGUGGUUGUCACAAUGAUGCUAAAAUCUGGAGCAACUUGCCUGGGCAAGACUGUAAUGGAUGAGCUUGGUUAUGGGAUAUUAGGGGAAAAUAAAAGUUAUGGAACUCCGACAAAUCCACAAAUGCCAUCCCAUGUUCCUGGUGGCUCGUCGAGUGGAUCUGCUGUGUCUGUUGCGUCCAAACUCGUAGACUUUGCUCUUGGUACGGAUACUAUUGGUUGUAUAAGAGUGCCAGCUUCAUAUUGUGGAAUCCUUGGAUUUAGACCAUCUCAUGGCAUUGUGUCUGCAAUUGGCGUUUCUCCAAACUCUCAAAGUUUAGAUGCUAUCGGAUGCUUGGCAUCUAAUCCCUCUGUUUUACAUCGUGUGGGACACGCUCUACUUCAGUUAAAUCUGCUAGAACCUAAAAGGACGAGAAGAAUUCUUAUAGCUGAUGAUCUUUUCCAGCUUUGUAAGGUUCCGAUGCAGAGGACCGUCCAUAUUGUAAAUAAAGCAAUAGAGAAUUUGGCCGGCUACCAGAAACCUAAGCAUGUGAAUCUUGGGCAGCACAUUGCUUCGAAUGUGCCGAGUCUAGAUGGUUUUGAUGAAGAAUCGACAAAUUGGGAAAAUGGAAUGUCUACUUUGAAAGCACUGUCUUCUGUAAUGCUUUUACUACAGAGAUAUGAGUUCAAAACAAACCAUGAAGAGUGGGUUAAAUCAGUCAAACCUAAAUUAGACCCUGUCGUCUCAAGUCGUGUUUGGUCAGCAAUAAACACGACCCAAGAGAACAUAAAGAGUCUAUAUAAAGUUAGAAUGGAUAUGCGAGCUGCUUUAAAAAGUUUCCUGAAGGAUGACGGGAUAUUGGUGAUUCCAACUGUAGCUGAUCCUCCACCUAAGCUGAACUCAACAAAAAGCUUAUCUCCAGAGUUCCAUGACAGGAUUUACGCUUUAUUGAGCAUUGCAACUAUGUCUGGAGGCUGCCAGGUCUCCAUUCCAUUUGGAAAAUACGAAGGCUCUCCAGUUUCUGUAUCAUUCAUUGCAUCUCAUGGAGCUGAUAAGUUCCUACUUGAUACUGUGCUUGAUACAUAUGCUUCUCUUCAAGAAGCAGUAACCGUUAUUUCUAGUUCCCCUCAGUUACCAUAUAUCAAUGGAAAUAUGGAUGCAGCUGAACUUCUGAAAGAAAAGGGAAAUGCCGCUUAUAAAGGUAAACGGUGGAAUAAGGCUGUAACUUACUACACAGAGGCGAUAAAAUUGAAUGGGAAUAAUCCAACCUACUAUUGCAAUCGUGCAGCUGCUUACUUGGAGUUGGCUUGCUUCCAAGAAGCUGAAGGGGAUUGCACUAUAGCAAUGUCUUUGGAUAAGAAGAAUGUCAAGGCCUAUCUGAGACGAGGCACUGCAAGAGAAUCACUGAUGCUCUACAGAGAGGCUCUUCAAGAUUUCAGGCAUGCACUUGUUUUGGAACCACAGAACAAGGUGGCGAGUCUAGCUGAGAAAAGACUAAGAAAAUUAAUCGGUUGAGGCUCUUGCAGUUUUUCUGUUUUGUGGUGUGAUAUUAUAUUAAGAAAUAUGAGAUGGAAUGCAGAACUAUUGGUCGUGUGCCGACCUUUGACAAUUGGAGGAGAACAAACUCGAAAGGUCACAUUAACUUGGCUAUCGUAUUUUGCGUGUACAUAAUUGUGGCAGUUCAAUUGUUGUCUGCUACUUUUGAUUGCUAGAUAUUGAUUUUGUUAGACAUAAUAAUCGUAUUAUCAGUUACUAUUUUCUCGUGUUGAGUGAUUUUCAUCUUCAA